AGUACGGAGGAAGAACCAGCCGGAUAAGUAACUCGUCACCACGAAACGAGAGAGAGAGAGAGCAUCGUUGCCGAGGUCAUCUGCACCUGCUGCAUCUCACUGACACACGGCAACAACAUCUUCUCCAAUGUCCGGCAGUUUAAUGAUGGACCACUCUUUCCUGCCUCGGUCCAUCUGGACCAGUGACAGUAAAUUCCUGCAGCCUCCAGCGGAUCUGUACACCAGUGUGGUCGUUACGCGCAGCAUCCCUGCAGGCACGUGCUUUGGUCCCUGUGUGCUCCAGAACACUUUCUACGACACUAUAGCCUUCAUAGCGCAGAAAUCCUGCGACAAGAGAUCUAAGUCCUACGUGUUCAGGGUGGACCCCGAGGCCAUGCGUAAUUCCGCACUGGUGCUGUCCUGGCUGCGGCUCGUGCAGGCUGCGCGUAACAGAGAAGAGCAGAACACAGAGGCCUUCCUGAAAGCGGGCCAGCUUUAUGUGAGGGCCACCCGGGACAUCAGGCAGGAGGAAGAGCUGCUGGUGUGGUAUGAUCAGGAGCUGUCACAUCUGCUGGGAUUCACGGAAAUGACCAAAAGCUUGAGUGAAGACUUCAAAUGUGGAAGAUGUCACCAGGUCUUCAAGAACGAGUAUCCCUUCCUGGCUCACUGUCGAUUUCUGUGUACUCAAGUCAAGAAUGACACCUAUAGCCGCGAGGUUUACGAGCACAAGCACGUGGAAAUAAAGAGGCAACGCCGAGUGACAGAUUUCCACAACAUCGCCAGAGAAAUGGAACACAGGAAAUCUGGCAGCAGCCAUGAGGAUGCUGAGAUAUCCCCAAAGAGAAGGAAAUAUGAGGAUAUUAUUUAUCCCAAGGAGCGGAAAGCGGUUCUGUUGGAGAAAACGAAUAUUUCCAAUGAUGAUAAUAUCACACAGCUGAGUAAAGUUUACGAGCAGGCCGCAGGAGAUGCGUCCUCCUCUGCGGGGAAAGCUGAUAAGAUGAAACCGGAUCAUUUGGGAUGUAAGGAUGCUGAAGUAGGGAAUGCCAAAGGGACUUUUACGCACGACAGAGAGGAUGUGGGGACAGGAGAGAGCUCUGGUGUGCGCUCAAGCGGCAUCAGCGCAUUUUCUCUGGUCGUCUCCAACAGCCAGAGUGGGCAGAAAAGCGCCUUUUGUAAACCGAGUAAAAGAACCUCUCCUGUGAAGCCUCAGGCGUGCGUCAGCAGCGCUCCAACAGCCCCCUCUAGCCGGCUAGAAGACAUGUCUGACGCCUUUCCCCCCAGGACUGUUGUAGGAUACAACAAUCUGAUGGCAUCCAACAUCUUGAGCUCUGACUUACAGGCUGUGCCAUCUCCCCUCGCUUUAAACAACGCUUACCAUUACGCACCGGAGCACUGGUCCCGGAACAUCGGCGUCCAGUUGCAGACCACAUCGUCUCUCACGGUCCUGCCGCCGACUUUCACCUCAUUCGGGGUCUCUGUGCAGAACUGGUGCGCCAAAUGCAACCUCUCCUUCCGCAUGACCUCUGACCUCGUCUUCCAUAUGCGCUCUCAUCACAAGAAGGAGUUCGCCGUGGAGUCCCAGGUGAGGAGGAGGAGGGAGGAGAAACUCACCUGCCCGAUUUGCCAUGAAUACUUCAGGGAGAGGCACCACCUGUCCAGACACAUGACUUCUCAUAACUAAAGACAAAUGAAGAACAAAAAACAACUAUUUAUUUCUCACGUGAUGCUCCUAUUUAACAGAUUUAGACUCCAGAUAUGCAGCAAGGCUUUAACAAUGAAUGUAGUUAGCUGUAAAGGAAAAAGAAGCUGGACACACGUGACCUUCAAAGCCUGUCCACUAGAUGGCGAUGUGGGUACAUGUUUGACUGAUCUCACUACAGCUUGCUGUCUGUCCUGGAGGCCUGGAUGUUAGCUUGAUGAUUAUUUUGUGCCUUAUGGAACUCAGGAGGGGGGGAAAAAAGACUGAGAGGUCUCAAGGACAGCUCAUGAUUGUCAUAAAUGUCAAUCCUCUAAUUUAUCUGCUUUUCUCUGCUCUGAUUUGUACAAGAGACAUGGAUUGAGUGUGUUUGCACUUUGGUUUUGAACUCUUAAAAUAUGAAAAUGAAA